UUUUUUUUUUUUUAAGAAAUCACACGAGGCCUGAACAAAAAGCUUUUCGACCAUUCAGAGGCUGCUUGCAUUGUGCAGCUGUUCCUUGACUGCUGAGAACAUCUCCCGCGGACAAUGCAGUACCUGAAGGGAACACGGCACAUGGAGCUAUUCAGGAGUUGCAGGACCUGGGAUUGUUGCCAGUGUCCUCUGUGGAAGAUUGGGGUUCUUUUUUCUUGGUCAGACCCUGAUAAGCAUAUUGCAGUUUGUGGCAGUUGUUGUUUUUUGUUGUUUGCCUGCCAGCAUUAGUUUCACAAUUUUAUUGCAAUGAUGCCUUCCCAACAUGCUGGCACGUAGGGGAUUUUUUCUUUCCUGUUUUGCUCCCACCUCCGUGAAAUGUACAGUGAGACUUUGAUUGGUCAUAGUCCACUCACAGUUCGCAAUGCAUUACUGUGUGGACUGAGUUCCCAUGACUCUGGCUCCCCAGGACAAUGUCUCUUUCUUCACCAAGCUGAUGGUAAAUAUCUGGUUAGCUUCAUCUAUUUAAAACCAGCCAAGCAGGAAUCCUAGUGCUGGAGAGAGGAUUCUUUUGUUUUUUGUUUGGUGAAGUAGAGAAAUAAAGUCUCCCCGCUGAACUACUAUGAGGUCAGAAGCCUUGCUGCUAUAUUUCACACUGCUACACUUUGCUGGGGCUGGUUUCCCAGAAGAUUCUGAGCCAAUCAGUAUUUCGCAUGGCAACUAUACAAAACAGUAUCCGGUGUUUGUGGGCCACAAGCCAGGACGGAACACCACACAGAGGCACAGGCUGGACAUCCAGAUGAUUAUGAUCAUGAACGGAACCCUCUACAUUGCUGCUAGGGACCAUAUUUAUACUGUCGAUAUAGACACAUCACACACGGAAGAAAUUUAUUGUAGCAAAAAACUGACAUGGAAAUCUAGACAGGCCGAUGUAGACACUUGCAGAAUGAAGGGAAAACAUAAGGACGAGUGCCACAACUUUAUUAAAGUUCUUCUGAAGAAAAACGAUGAUGCAUUGUUUGUCUGUGGAACUAAUGCCUUCAACCCUUCCUGCAGAAACUAUAAGAUGGAUACGUUGGAACCAUUUGGGGAUGAAUUCAGCGGAAUGGCCAGAUGCCCGUAUGAUGCCAAACAUGCCAACGUUGCACUGUUUGCAGAUGGAAAGCUAUACUCAGCCACAGUGACUGACUUCCUUGCCAUUGACGCAGUCAUUUACCGGAGUCUUGGAGAAAGCCCUACCCUGCGGACCGUCAAGCACGAUUCAAAAUGGUUGAAAGAACCAUACUUUGUUCAAGCUGUGGAUUACGGAGAUUAUAUCUACUUCUUCUUCAGGGAAAUAGCAGUGGAGUAUAACACCAUGGGAAAGGUAGUUUUCCCAAGAGUAGCUCAGGUUUGUAAGAAUGAUAUGGGAGGAUCUCAAAGAGUCCUGGAGAAACAGUGGACAUCGUUCCUGAAAGCGCGCCUGAACUGCUCAGUUCCCGGAGACUCUCAUUUUUAUUUCAACAUUCUCCAGGCAGUUACAGAUGUGAUUCGUAUCAAUGGGCGUGAUGUUGUCCUGGCAACCUUUUCUACACCUUAUAACAGCAUCCCUGGGUCUGCAGUCUGUGCCUAUGACAUGCUUGACAUUGCCAGUGUUUUUACUGGGAGAUUCAAGGAACAGAAGUCUCCCGAUUCCACCUGGACACCAGUUCCUGAUGAACGAGUUCCUAAGCCCAGGCCAGGUUGCUGUGCUGGCUCAUCCUCCUUAGAAAGAUAUGCAACCUCCAAUGAGUUUCCUGAUGAUACCCUGAACUUCAUCAAGACGCACCCACUCAUGGAUGAGGCAGUGCCCUCCAUCUUCAACAGGCCAUGGUUCCUGAGAACAAUGGUCAGAUACCGCCUGACCAAAAUUGCAGUGGACACGGCUGCUGGGCCGUAUCAGAAUCACACUGUGGUUUUUCUGGGAUCAGAGAAGGGAAUCAUCUUGAAGUUUUUGGCCAGGAUAGGAAACAGUGGUUUUCUAAAUGACAGCCUUUUCCUGGAGGAGAUGAGCGUUUACAACCCUGAAAAAUGCAGCUAUGAUGGAGUCGAAGACAAAAGGAUCAUGGGCAUGCAGCUGGACAGAGCAAGCAGCUCUCUGUAUGUUGCAUUCUCUACCUGUGUGAUAAAGGUUCCCCUUGGCCGGUGUGAACGACAUGGGAAGUGUAAAAAAACCUGUAUUGCCUCCAGAGACCCGUAUUGUGGGUGGAUAAAGGAAGGUGGUGCCUGUACCCAUUUAUCACCCAAUAGCAGACUGACUUUUGAGCAGGACAUAGAGCGUGGCAAUACAGAUGGUCUGGGGGACUGUCACAAUUCCUUUGUGGCACUGAAUGGGCACUCCAGUUCCCUCUUGCCCAGCACAACCACAUCAGAUUCGACGGCUCAAGAGGGGUAUGAGUCUAGGGGAGGAAUGCUGGACUGGAAGCAUCUGCUUGACUCACCUGACAGCACAGACCCUUUGGGGGCAGUGUCUUCCCAUAAUCACCAAGACAAGAAGGGAGUGAUUCGGGAAAGUUACCUCAAAGGCCACGACCAGCUGGUUCCCGUCACCCUCUUGGCCAUUGCAGUCAUCCUGGCUUUCGUCAUGGGGGCCGUCUUCUCGGGCAUCACCGUCUACUGCGUCUGUGAUCACCGGCGCAAAGACGUGGCCGUGGUGCAGCGCAAGGAGAAGGAGCUCACCCACUCGCGCCGGGGCUCCAUGAGCAGCGUCACCAAGCUCAGCGGCCUCUUUGGGGACACUCAAUCCAAAGACCCGAAGCCGGAGGCCAUCCUCACGCCACUCAUGCACAACGGCAAGCUCGCCACUCCGGGCAACACGGCCAAGAUGCUCAUUAAAGCAGACCAGCACCACCUGGACCUGACCGCCCUCCCCACCCCAGAGUCCACUCCAACGCUGCAGCAGAAGCGGAAGCCCAGCCGCGGCAGCCGCGAGUGGGAGAGGAACCAGAACCUCAUCAAUGCCUGCACAAAGGACUUGCCCCCCAUGGGCUCCCCUGUGAUUCCCACGGACCUGCCCCUGCGGGCCUCCCCCAGCCACAUCCCCAGCGUGGUGGUCCUUCCCAUCACGCAGCAGGGCUACCAGCAUGAGUAUGUGGACCAGCCCAAAAUGAGCGAGGUGGCCCAGAUGGCGCUGGAGGACCAGGCAGCCACCUUGGAGUAUAAGACCAUCAAGGAACAUCUCAGCAGCAAGAGUCCCAACCAUGGGGUGAACCUUGUGGAGAACCUGGACAGCCUGCCCCCCAAAGUUCCACAACGGGAGGCCUCCCUGGGCCCCCCGGGAACCUCCCUGUCUCAGACCGGUCUAAGCAAGCGGCUGGAAAUGCACCACUCCUCUUCCUACGGGGUUGACUAUAAGAGGAGCUACCCCACGAACUCGCUCACGAGAAGCCACCAGGCCACCACUCUCAAAAGAAACAAUACUAACUCCUCCAAUUCCUCUCACCUCUCCAGAAACCAGAGCUUUGGCAGGGGAGACAACCCGCCGCCCGCCCCGCAGAGGGUGGACUCCAUCCAGGUGCACAGCUCCCAGCCAUCUGGCCAGGCCGUGACUGUCUCCAGGCAGCCCAGCCUCAACGCCUGCAACUCACUGACGAGGUCGGGGCUGAAGCGUACGCCCUCGCUAAAGCCGGACGUACCCCCCAAACCUUCUUUUGCUCCCCUUUCCACAUCCAUGAAGCCCAAUGAUGCGUGUACAUAAUCCCAGGGGGAGGGGGUCAGGUGUCGAACCAGCAGGCAAGGCGAGGUGCCCGCUCAGCUCAGCAAGGUUCUCAACUGCCUCGAGUACCCACCAGACCAAGAUGGCCCGCGGCAGAGCCGAGGACGAGCCGAGGACGCUGGGUCCUCCUCUCUGGGACACAGGGGUACGCACGAAAAUUGGGCCGCGUGGUUUGGUGAAGGUUUGCAACGGCGGGGACUCACCUCCAUUCUCUUCCUUCACUCUUCCCCCACACCCUACAAUAUAGGUCGGUCCCACAAAAGACUUCAGUUAUCAUCACAAACAUGAGCCAAAAGCACAUACCUACCCCAUCCCCCAUAUACACACACACAUGCACACAACACACACACGCACAGAGGUGAACAGAAACUGAAACAUUUUGUCCAUAACUUAACGGGACGUGGCCACACUGGGUUUGCGUUCCAACCUGCAAAACACAAAUACAUUUUUUUAAAUCAUGAAAAUUUAAAAAG